AUGAUAGGAAGAGCCGACAUCGAAGGAUCAAAAAGCAACGUCGAUAUGGACUCUUGGCUGCCACAAGCCAGUUAUCCCUGUGGAUCGAUAGGCCACCCUUUCAGGGUCUGUAUUCGUACUGAAAAUCAUGAUCAAGCAAACUUUUGCCCUUUUACUCUACAAGAGGUUUCUGUCCUCUUUGAGUUUGCCUUAGGACACCUACGUUACAGUUUGAUAGAUGUACCGCCCCAGUCAAACUCCCCGCCAGACAUGGUCAUUGACGUGGAUUAUUAA